UCGAGAGAGUUGUGCUACUGUUUCGUAGCUGAACGUUAUUUUGCUGUUAAAUUUUCUGUCUACUAGUUGCAAUUUUUACCUUUUACUAUCUAUCACACCUGAAUAGGAGUGAAUUACUAUUCUUUCUAAGUUUCCGCAGAAAGAUUCUUCCUAAGCUUGGUGCUUAGAAACAAUUUCCUUUUUUGAAGAAAGCAAUUUAGAAUUUGAGUCUUCAAAAUGUACUCCAUUCAAUCUGUUGGAUUUGGCGUUUCUGGACGAAAGCAAUUCUUUGAUUACCAGCAAUGUCCCACUGGAGGAUCAAUUACCAUUGGAAACGGAGGAGGUUCUGAAUUUGGAAUCGAUGAUCGAACCAGUUGCAAAUUCCAAUAUGGCAUGGCAAGAUAUGUUUCCUGUGGUGGAAACUUCAAACCUGGCUAACAAAAUCUUUCAGAGUGAAGAAUUCUCUUCAGCAUCAUUUGGCAGUCUUAAUUUUUCGACUGAUCCUCUUGGGUUGGCUUUAAAGCAAAAUACUGGAAUUAUGGAAGAAAGUGAAGUCUCAGACAUGGUGGACUUAAAUGUUUCUAGUUUGCAACCUAAUACAUUCUCUUUAGACCAAGGAAAUUUGGAAACUCUAGAUUUUAACUUUUUGUGGCAAUCGGGCUUGAUGUUUCAAAACAAUUCAGAAAGCCAGUCUGAAGUACUACAUCCGUCACCUUCAGUCCGAAACCUGGAAGGUUAUACAGAUCUGCUUUCUGUAAAUGAAAUUUCAACAUGUGGUAGUUCUACAGCCGAUGAACCUCUCAUGUGCACAGAACCGAUUUCUUCAAGAAUUGACUCUAUACAAUCCAUUUCUGAGGAUAGCAACACUUCAUCAAUCUCUGUAAAUAGUUCAAACCCAAAUGAAAAUGACAGGGCUAGUAAGAUUUCACCUAAACUUGCCCGACAAAAAUAUCUUGAAAUGCGGCGAAAGAACAAUAUAGCAUCUCAGCGGUCACGAAAGAUUCGUAAAUUGAAAGAUGGUGAAAUGAAUGUAAAGUUGGAAGAACUUAUAACUGAAAACAGGAAUUUAACUUUACUUGCUGAAAAACUUGAAAGGCAAAGAGACAUCCUUCAGAAACAUCUAUUAAAAGCGAUUUCAAAGAGAUAAUGCUUGAAGCUUUUGUCUUAAAACUUUUAUUUAUUAUAAUUUGUUUAUUGUUAUUUCAGAUGUACUGUUUCUGUAACAGUUGUAAUACUUUUCAUAUGCAACAUCAUUCUUCAGUUCAAAGCUUUGAAAUUUCCAUCAAUUUUUGUUGAACAUUCUGUGUCUUUCACAUAAUAAA